UCCAUCCGGCAGACAGCAGUCAGACACAACAUGGAUCCAAACACGACCAUCCUCCGAGUGAAGAGAAAACGGGGCACCGACCCCGCAGACGCUCUGCUCCUGGCAUGCAAGCGUAUACGACCAGAGACGUCCCAGAGCGCCGGUGAGACCAUUCCGGAGCCGAACGAGGCCGAGGUGGAGAACUCUGUCUUCAAACUCGUGGCGACCGUAGCGACGCAGGAUGCUCCGGUCCAGACGCAGGUGCGACAGGCUCUGGCCCGGCCCCGGUCGGUCCAUGCCCUGCGGCCCUCGGCCUCCAGCUCCCUGAGGAUAGCGGGAGACCUGCGCAACACCAAGUGGAGCACCCGCCGGGAGGAGCGCUACCGGAUACUGUCAAGCCACCGCGCGGGACUGCACAGCCCCACCCAGCCGCAGACCCCUGACACCGUCCCCCCCGACGGGGGUGAGCCGCCCAGGGCGGACACCCCCAAGGGCUGGAGUCUGGGUGAAAUCCAGGUGGUGGACCUCCUCCACGAGGACGGGGAAGAGCAGAGCAAAACUUCAGCCAAGCUGCAGUCGUCGGACCCUGAGGUGAUCCUCUGCAACAACACCAAGAUGCUGCGCGAGCAGCUCAACAUAUCGGGCGAGCGAGCGGGCGAGGAGCGCCGGCAGGACGAGGAUUACGUUUAUGACCUGUACUACCAGGAGACGGCCACGCCGGGCUGGAUCCAGGACAUCCUGUCCGUCAGGGCCUACGCCGACGAGGGAGAACUGGUUCCCGACCUGGUGGUCCACGAGGAGGAGGUGUACGAAGACGAGGACGACGAGAACGAGGAGGGCAACUGGAGGAACGACUACCCAGACGAGGAGAGCGACUCUGACUGCGACCGAGAGGAGCGCUACGGUGGUUAUUGGGAGGAGGAGCAUUCGUACAGCAGGAGGAGCUGGCAGCGCUACCAGAGGGAGGUGCUGCACGAGCUGGGUUGCCAUGGCGACGAUGACGGCGAGGACGACGGAGAAAAAUACGACUCGGAUUGAUCCCCCCCCCCCCCCGAGUGGAUCUGACCCCUCACACACACACACACACACUCUGCCCACCUCUGUGUCGUCCAGAAGAGCAAAUUAUUUCACCUCAGAUUUUUAUCAUCCACAUCUGAAGAAACUGUUUUCUGUGCCAAAGUGUUUCUCUCACUCCUGGUGUGUGUGGGGGGGUCGCUGGUGUUUGUUUUUUUUUACCGUGGUGGAGUGACUUUGUGCGUGGCUGUUUGUGGACGUGUGUUAGAAAUGUUGCUUCGUUCUGUUUCCGUUAGCGAGAUGCGUG